CAGAAAAGGAAACACCAAUUAUCGGCCUGCUCGUGGGCCCAAAUACUAGCCGACGAUGCGGGCCCAGACAAAAAUCCCACCUCCGUCGCGACAAAGACCACCGUUCCGUACAAACGGAGAGCGAGGCGAGAGCUAUAAAAAACCCCCCAAAAGAACACCCGUCAGUACCUCAGAUCUCACCUUCACAAACAGGAUAAGAGACAAACAUACGCCGAUCAUGUCCACCGGAGCCGGGAAAACCGUCUGCGUCACCGGAGCCUCCGGCUACAUCGCCUCCUGGCUCGUCAAGCUCCUCCUCUCCCGCGGCUACAUCGUCAGGGCCUCCGUCCGUGAUCCAAACGAUCCGAGGAAGACCGAGCACCUCCGCGCGCUCGACGGAGCUUCCGAGCGGCUCCAGCUGUUCAAGGCGAACUUGCUCGAGGAAGGCUCGUUCGAUUCCGUCGUCCAGGGCUGCGACGGCGUCUUCCACACCGCUUCGCCUUUCUACCACGACGUCCAGGAUCCUCAGUUGCAGAAAGAAUUGAUUGAUCCGGCGGUGAAAGGAACGUUGAAUGUUCUCAAUUCGUGUGCUAAGACGCAGUCGAUCAAGCGAGUUGUCCUGACGUCUUCAAUUGCAGCGGUGGCUUACAACGGCAAACCACGGACGCCGGAAGUUGUACUUGAUGAGACGUGGUUUUCUAACCCGGACUUCUGCAGGGAAACUAAGCUUUGGUAUGUGGUCUCAAAGACACUAGCUGAGGAUGCUGCGUGGAAGCUUGCCAAGGAGAAAGGCAUGGACAUGGUCACCAUAAACCCUGCAAUGGUCAUCGGACCGCUGUUGCAGCCAACUCUUAACACAAGUGCUGCAGCUGUUCUAAGCAUAAUGAAAGCAGGAGCUCAAACGUUCCCAAACGCAACGUUCGGUUGGGUACACGUGAAAGACGUGGCCGAAGCACACAUCAAGGCGUUCGAGACUCCAUCCGCUAACGGCAGAUACUGCUUGGUUGAGAAAGUUGCUCACUACUCCGAAGUGGUGAACACCUUGAAGAAGCUCUACCCUAGCGUCCAACUCCCAGAAAAGUGUGCGGAUGACAAGCCUUACGUUCCGACGUAUCAAGUCUCCAAGGAAAAGGCGAAAUCUCUGGGGAUCGAGUUCAUCCCGUUGGAGGUGAGCCUCAAGGAGACGGUGGAAAGCUUGAAGGAGAAAGGGUUUGUCGACUUGUGAGAGAGCUCUCUCCCCAGCCAGCCUAGAAUGCCAAAUCAAAUAAAAUGAAGAGAUCAUCGGGAACUUGUCUGGAAAUCUCUGGCCUUAGCUUCAGGAGUUUUUACCUUUGUACGUGUAGCAGUCAUUGUUGUAGCUCUCUGUUUCUUCUGAUGAUGCCGUCUGUUCGUUAGUCGUUACUAUUACUAUCAGGAUUCCGCGGCUUGAUCAAAUCAAUUAGUCCUCCUGCUUUGUGCUUUUUCUUCCUCUCUUGAUCAGUCAGUACACUCUUGGCUGAACUACUACUAUGACGCAAUGAGUUCGAAAAUUCGAAGUUCGAAAAUUCGAAGUUCGAAUCGACUUAAAUCGACAUUGAAUUUAAUGAUUA